GGAGGACCUGCCUGACGAAAUAGCACUGCUCGGAAGCUGGACGAAAAGCAACGACUUCUUUUCUAAAACUCUCGAUGGCAUAAUGUCUUAAGCUAUCUGUCAGAACAAGAAGAAACAUUAUAGAUAACGAAUGCAUAUCUAUGUAUAUCUUCGUUGAUUAUCAGGCGAUGUCUAACCAUACUAUAAUCCAUAUCUAAUCUUACAUGCUUCUUCUGUCACUAUAGAAGUUGCCUUGGAAUAGUCAGGUACUCAAACUUUCUUUUUAGGUCAGUAAAAGGGAGACUAAGAUCGUGUUUUGACUACAAAAGCAGUGCUACUAUGAUAGUAGUUGAAGAAAACGAUAUCUUAGGAUGCCGGGGUUUGCUUCGUAUAACUAGUUUUGUUAGAGUAGUUUGGGAAAAUCGCUUUGUAAUGAACACCAAGGGCAGGGUUCUCAAAUUCGCUCAGAUUAGUCUUAACCCAUGAAAACUUUGCAUUAUUUCUAGAGUGAGACCCCAAUUCCAGAUCACAAAGUUUAUUCAACAAUAUAUGUGCAAGACAGAGCUGAAACUUGGGAGCAAUGCAUGGAUGUAAGCUGUGAACGGCGCCUUCUGCAAUCUUUUUCAUUUAUUUGUGGCAUUAAUAUUCAUCUCUGCAGUUUAUUUCUUGGGUUAAUCAUUAUGGUAUGAAUGCACUAGGGUAGGGCAAAUUGCAAACAAUAUUCUUGUAGAGGAGUAAAAGUUGUAGUUGUUGGUACAAGAAAUAAUUGAAAGUAAUGCCACAAAUAAAGGAAAAAAAUCACAGAAAGCAUUGACCACAGCUUAAGUCCACUCAGUGCUCCCUAUUUUCAGUUCCAUCCUGCUGUGCAUACUGAAUUGAAGAAUAUUUCCUGGCAGGGGUUUGAUAAGCUCCCAUUAACCAAAAUUUCAUGCUGGAUUAUUAAAAAAAAAAAAAAAAUACUUGUGUGCUGUGAAUGACAGUUAAAAUGGAAGGCAUACGAAGGAGAGAUUAUGCAAGACUGUUAAUUGCACCUGUUGCUUUUGCUGCAGCAUCUUUUUUUCUUUGGUUUGUCUUUGUGAAUCGGCCUGCACUGAGGAAUGGUAUCACUCCUGACCUGCACUUCCCAAAGUCUUUAGAUGAUCUGCGAGAACUGGUACGAGUUUCAAGUGCAUAUAAGGAAGAUCACUGGUACUAUGUUGUCUUCUUGUUUUCUUCAGCAUAUAUAUACAAACAGACAUUUGCUAUACCAGGAUCUGCACUGUUGAAUCUUCUUGGUGGAGCCUUGCUGGGUUGUUGGCCUCUUGGUUUUCCAUUAUGCUGUGUCUUAACAGCAACUGGGGCAUCAAACUGCUUUCUCCUCUCCCGGCUUGUGGGAAAGAAAAUCAUCCAGAGAAAGUUUGCAACAAAAAUACAUUGGUUUAGAGAGAAGAUCUCUGAGAAUGAACACCAGCUAUUCCUCUUUUUAGUAAGUCUGCGAGUUUUCCCAAUGACUCCAAAUUGGCUGUUGAACAUCAUGGCACCCUACGUAAAUGUGCCUCUUCUUAUGUUCUUCCUUUCUGUGUUCUUUGGUCUGCUGCCUUAUAACUUUCUUUGUGUUCAAGCUGGUGAAAUGCUCUCUGAUAUUAAGUCAAUGGAUGACAUCUUUACUCCCAAAAGGCUUUUAGCACUCAUUACUAUUGCACUGAUUAUGUUCACACUUUCACAUUUUGCUCGGAAAAGGAAAGCCAAACACACCGAUUGAGUUCUUUGUAUGAUAUUUAAUUGGCUGUUUUAUUAUAUUAUUAAUUAUUUGUAUUAAUAUUAUUGACAUAAUAGAGCUAUUACCUCCUCAGUCAUGUUGUGAUACUGUAAUAUUUGCUGCAUAUAAUAAAAAAUAUUUGCA